GAAGCUUGGGAACUCUUUCCCCAGGACCUCGAACUUGGUCAAACCAUUGGGGGAGGCAAGUUUGGCAAAGUCUAUGAGGGUCUGCUCAACGACCAGAAGGUGGCCAUCAAAACCAUGCGCAAGAAGAGCGAUCCCGCCGCUCUGGCCGAGUUUCGCCGCGAAGCUGCCGUCAUGAGUCAGCUGCAGCAUCAAAACGUCAUCCAACUGCUCGGUGUCGUGCUCAAUCAGCAUCCUCCGCUCCUGAUCAUGGAGCUCAUGGGUGCCUGCUUCCUGGACCUGUUGAAGCGCUGCACUCUGUCGGAGAAAGAUAUCCUGGAUUGUGCCUUGCAGAUUGCGGCUGGUCUAGAAUAUGUGCAUCACUCGGGCUAUCUCCAUUGCGAUAUCGCCUGCCGCAACGUGCUCGUGGCCAACUCGGGCCGCCUGGUCCUAGGCGACCUAGGUCUAGCUCGCAAGAUGGACUCACCCGAGUGCAAUUUGAAGGGCAGCAAGGCCAAGUUCCCCAUCCGCUGGACCAGCCCCGAAGUUUUUCAACAGCAAAUGCUCACUCGAUAUUCAGAUAUCUGGAGCUUUGGCAUCACCUUAUGGGAGGUUGUCACUCAGGGUGGUGUGCCCUACGAAGGCUUGACCAAUAAGGAAGCAAAGCGAACGGUCAAAGAAGGCAACACGCCAGGACGUCCCUCAAACUGUCCCAACUCGCUGUAUAACAUCAUGCAGCAGUGCUGGCGCACCCCCGCAGAACAACGGCCACACUUUGACGAUCUAGUUCAUGAGCUGAUCAGCUUGAAAAUCAAU